UUAAAAAUGCUUAUAUGACGUCAUGAUACUUGUUGGUUUGUUUUGAAUUGUACCGCGACUUCUCCGUUACUGAAAGUAAAUGAAAGUAAAGUCAUGUUCUGAUUAAGGGGUUGUUGUACCACAUUCUAUUUAAAUCCUUUUACACCAACAUGUCCGUGGGAGAGGACGAAACGCGUCAGCGACUAAAGGCAGCUGUACAUUAUACUGUUGGUCGUCUGUGUCAGAAGAUGGGAGAGGAACACCGGACGGAAUUUAGCCGGCAGGUCGUAGCCGCAAUAGCAGAGACUACCUUCAGACAAUGUGAUAUCUUUGCUAAAGACUUGGAGGCAUUUGCAAAGCAUGCAAAAAGAUGCACGGUGUCUGGAGAGGAUGUGAAACUUUUGGCUCGCCGCAGUACCGCACUGUCAGUCUACAUACAGAAUAAGAGUGAAGAACUGGAACAAGAGCAGAGGGACUUGAAAAAGAAGAAUCCCGGGAAGAGGAAGAGCAGAGUCACUGAGGAGAACAGGGAAUAAAAAACGGGCAAGUCUUUCCUUGCCCUCACACGCUUCCCCGGCCAUUUGGAAUAAACAAGACAUCAACAAAGCAACAUUUAGUCCACAUCAUCCUAUACACCUUCACCUCCUGUACAUUAAACCUGUCAUAGACCUGAGAGGACCUAGAGAUAUAAAAUAGCUUUUUAGAAAAGCAAAGACCAGCGGUGACUAGUCCAAGAAUUGGCCAGGCAGUCGUCCAAUCAGCAGCACGCAAACAUCAUCAAAGCCUUUCAUGAAAAUACAAACACGCCUCUUACAAGCAGAGGAAAGAGCAGCUAAGAGAAGCAUGAAAAAGACAAGUACUACCAUGUCUCUCUGAGAAGGUCACACACUCAAUGUGUUGGAUGUUGCGUCUUCGUCCUUCAGCCUGGGAUCAAAUGGAGACCUCGACCAGCAGAGCCCAAGGUCCCCCCAAGGUCCCUAGAUACGUGAAUCGAAUUAGAUGUUUUAUUCCGCAAAGCGACUCAAUCAACUAAGCAUCUAUUCAAAUGAACUUUAUUCGACAACUCCCUUCAUUUGACAUUUUUUCCAACACCUCACAAACAUCGAGAGCUACAGGGGGAAGGGGGACGUUGGACAUACCACUCCACGUUCUCACACCAGCACUCGUGUCCCCCCCACCCGCCUAGAGUCUUCAGUCGGUGUCAUCCACAUCAAGUACACACUUACAGGUCAGGAACAAGAAACGGCACACACCAUACAGCAUUCAAAUCAGAUAAUACAAGCGUUACAAAGAUCACAACAUUCCAUCAUACAUUUCCAUAGUUUGUCCACACGUUAAGAAUAAGGGGGAAUCUUGCCAAGAUUUAAAAAAAAAAAAAAAGUCUUGAAGUACUAAUUAAAGGAUGUCCGUGUUAGGGGGGGAGGCGCUCGUAGCAUCCGCAGCUUCCACUCACACA